GUCCGCAAAGAACGGGAACAGAUUUACUGCCAAGUUUACGGAAGGGGUGGUGGCUUUAAAAUGUUGAUGCCAUGUUUCUUUUAGUCUAUCAUCUAAUGUCGACAAUAAAACAGGUGGUUUUGUUAAAUCGAGUAUGAGUAAUUCUUUAUGAGUCUUUGUUUUGUAUCGAACAUUGCAACAACAACACUAAAAAUUCAGCAUGGCUGUGCCGGGAAGUCAUGCGUCGGCCAUUCCUCCUGAGGAGGUGGGUUAUAUUCCAGAUAAAGUCAAGAAGGCAGAGAAGCGAAUAGAGGCUUUUCCAUAUGACACGGAGGCCUGGAGUAUCCUGAUUAGAGAAGCACAGCUGAAGAAGAUCGAGGAUGCAAGGCCAAUUUAUGAACGCCUUGUCACACAGUUUGCCAACGCAGGACGAUACUGGAAGAUAUACAUAGAACAAGAGAUGAAAGCUAAGAAUUACGAGAGAGUUGAGAAGCUUUUCCAAAGAUGUCUGAUCAAGGUGCUCAACAUAGAUCUGUGGAAACUGUAUCUAAAUUACAUCAAAGAGACCAAAGGAUCUCUACCUUCCUACAGAGAAAAGAUGGCACAAGCCUAUGACUUUGCCCUGGACAAAGUGGGAAUGGAUAUUUUCUCAUAUCAAAUAUGGCAAGAUUAUAUUGCAUUCCUGAAGUCUGUAGACGCUGUGGGCUCAUAUGCAGAGAACCAGAGAAUUACAGCCGUGAGAAAGGUGUACCAGAGAGGCGUGGUCAAUCCCAUGGUCAACAUUGAACACCUGUGGAAGGAUUAUUGUCAUUAUGAAACUAGUAUUAACCCUUUGAUUGCCAAAAAGAUGACUGAGGAUAGAGGUAGAGACUAUAUGAAUGCUCGGCGUGUUGCUAAGGAGUACGAGGCUGUGACGAGAGGGUUAAACAGGAACAAUCCCUCUGUCCCUCCACAGAACACGCCUGAGGAGGUCAAACAGGUUGAACUUUGGAAGAAGUACAUCCAAUGGGAGAAAAGCAAUCCAUUAAGGACUGAAGACCAUGCUGUGAUGACCAAAAGAGUGAUGUUUGCCUAUGAACAGUGCCUGCUGUGUCUGGGUCAUCACCCUGAUAUUUGGUAUGAGGCUGCAUCAUACCUGGAGCUUUCAAGUAAACUGCUGGCUGAAAAAGGGGAUCAAAAUGCUGGCAAGAUGUUUGCAGAUGAAGCUGCAGCAAUAUACGAGAGAGCUAUAACAAGUUUGAUGAAAAACAACAUGCUGCUUUAUUUUGCUUACGCAGACUUUGAGGAGGGUCGGAUGAAGUUUGAAAAAGUUCACAGUAUUUAUAAAAGGUUGAUUGCAUUAGAAGAUGUGGAUCCAUCAUUGGCCUGUAUUCAGUAUAUGAAGUUUGGCCGCCGUGCAGAGGGCAUUAAGUCUGGGAGGCAAGUCUUCAAACUGGCCAGAGAGAAUCCAAAAUCUACGUACCAUGUAUAUGUCGCAGCAGCACUGAUGGAAUACUACUGCAGUAAGGAUAAGACUGUUGCUAUGAGGAUAUUUGAGUUAGGACUGAAGAAGUUUGGUCAUUUACCAGAAUAUGUGCUGUGUUAUAUCACGUUUAUGGCAAAUCUCAAUGAGGAUAACAACACAAGGGUUUUAUAUGAACGAGUUUUAUCAUCCGGUCAAAUACCACCAGAGAAAUCCAGUGAGAUUUGGGGCCGUUUCCUUGCCUUUGAGUCAGAAGUAGGAGAUUUAGCAAGUAUACUAAAAGUAGAGAAACGAAGAGCACAAGCAAUUGAAAAGGUACAGGAAUUUGAAGGGAAGGAGACUGCUAUGCUGAUUGACAGGUACAAGUAUCUUGACUUGUAUCCCUGUUCCCAAAGUGAACUUCGAUCUCUGGGUUACUGGGUCUUGGUAAAGCAGAACGUUGUGAUGUUCCCUGCUGGGGAGCGAGAUAAAGCUCUGACCGUACUGGAGGAUGAUGAGGAUACCAAGCGACCAGAGUACCCAAAACCUGACCUGAAUAAUAUGCUGCCAUUCAAACCCAAAAUCACAUCAGCUCAGUCCAGUCAUCCUGUGGAUGGGGGCGUGUUCCCUCCACCCCCAGCAGCUGCUCACCUCAUGACAAUCCUACCACCCCCAAUAUGUUUCCGGGGACCAUUUGUCAAUAUGGACAAAUUUAUCACCCAUAUGAAGGACUUAAAAAUGCCAGAGAGUUACCAGCCUGCUGAUCAGAAUGGGGUGGAUACAAAACCCAAACCUGACCCAGGUACUCAGCUAUCCAUGGACAUUGCCUUAGGAGUGAGAAAACGGAAAGCAAUGGACUCCAGUGUCAAUGAUCACGAGAGUGAUGACGAGGACAGCCAGAUGGCGCCUCCUGCUCAUGAUAUAUACCGCAGUCGACUUCAGAAACGUGUAAAGUGAUUGUGACUUAAACUUCAGUACAAAAACUGUCUCUGGUGAUUCCUGUAAUGGACCUGAUACCUCUGCAUGGCUGAACACCUCUGUGCUAGCCUGCGUGCAUAAAUACACAGGUAUACAUUUACCGUAAAUCACCUAACAUCUCAAGGAAUGUUUAACCAGUUAAUACAAACUGUAGUACAGAAAGGGGCUUGGUUUGUGAUAAAUCAUGUGGAGAUACACGUGAUUUGCGGAAAGUCAAAUAUAAUGUCUCUUUUUGUUCACCAUUUGAGUACAAAAGAGUGGUUUAAUUGUUGGUGAGAAAUUCCUUGAAAUUAUAAGUGAGUUUAGCCAUACAUAUGUAUGUGUCCAGAGAAGUUACUGCCCAUGCAUGUAUAUAAACAAACUCAUCCUAGGCAGCUUAUCCUACUUUCACAGGAUUCUUCAGUUUUGAUGAUUGUUGCACAAAAAAGCAAGGACUUCUGAGACUGACUGCCAGAAUUCUGAACAGUGUUCACAAACUUCUUACGAUCAGGAUUAUUGACAGUACCACAGAGGACCAACUCUGUUCUUGAAGCAUUGCUAUAAAAAUCACAUAGAAAUGCAUCGUAUUUCGUGGUUCGUGUGGUGUGAAAGAUAAACCUUAUGAUUUCUCACACGAAUCGGUUAUAUUGAAAGCCAGUGUAAGUAAAUGUAGAGUGCAAAAAAAAACUUACACAAAUUUUGUCCAUGUAGAAUUUUCCCUGGUGAUUUCUUUGUAGUUUUGCAGGUAGGAAUCCAUAGUUUGGGUUGUUAUCACUGUGGACUAUAGGUCAUCUUUGUUACGCCUGUCUGUGUGUUUGCCAUACGUAUCACUCAAAGUCUAAUCUGAAGUGAAGCACAGAAGCCAGCCGCUUUCAUCAGCGUGUAUAAAUGUGAGGAGAUAUUUCAUUGUCAUUAUUGGUAGCCACCAUGACUGUUAUGCUUGGAUAUACAUUUAUUUGCUUCAGUUGCUAUGGUUUCCAUGUCUCUUGCUAUUUAGUCAUCUUAUAGUGACAGUUUUAUUGUAAAGUUUCAUUACAAUUUGUGAACACAUAGAGAGUAAGUUUCAGAUGUUCUAGGUAUCUGCCAUUUUGAUGGCUCGAUUUUGAGUGUUUUAAUGUAAAUCUCCAUCACUUUGUUUUGCCUGUGUUUAGAGCUUAUCU